AUGUCAGUGCGGGGAAUUCGAAUAUGGAGGAGAAAUGACUCGCGACUGCAACCAUCAAUCUUAGUGGAAAAAAAUGGCAUCGACGGAUCACUUUUAUUUCAAGGAGGAGCAAUUGCCACACUAGAUUCGGAUUCGACAGAAGUUGAGAAGCGAACAUAUGCGAAAGUCGUUGAUUGUUAUGGUUUACUAGGCGUUCUUUCCAUAAGCAAGGAUGAGGCUGUUCUUGUCGCCGUAACCGGUGUUCUUUCCGUCGGUCAAUUGUAUGGUGCCGACAUUUUAAAAAUAACUAAUGUCGAGUUUAUUUCAUUACGCACUUUUGCAUCUGUCGAAUCAUUGGAUCCUAGAAUAGCUGAUCUCCAAAGGCUUUUAGCCUCUCAUAUGUUCUACUUUUCAUCGUUGCAAUCUUAUGAUCUAACCAGAUCUGCCCAACACAGAGAUUCCCAUGAUGGAAGUGAUGCAAGAUUUUUUUGGAAUCGCAGUUUACACUUUGCUUUUAACCGAUUUGCAAUAAACGUCGACCAAUGGCUCUUAAAGUGUAUGGCUGGUAGUGUCCUUGUUCGCGUAGUUUAUGUUGGUGCCAAUACUGGAAGAGUUGCAUUGAUUUCCAGAUUGAGUUGUGAACGAGUUGGUACAAGGUUUAAUGUACGCGGUGCCAAUUAUUUAGGAUGCGUUGCAAAUUUUGUCGAAACCGAACAAUUACUUCUUUUUGACGAAAAGGAAUGCUCAUUACUACAGAUUCGUGGUUCUAUUCCAUUGUUUUGGGAACAACCAGGUGUACAAGUUGGAUCUCACAAAGUGAAACUCAGAGCAUUUGAAACUAGUUUGCCUGCAUACCAUAGGCAUUUGUCGCAACUUAAAUACAGGUAUAAUGACUUUGCCAUUGUUAAUUUGUUAGGAAGAAAAGAAGGCGAACGAAUUCUUGGAGAAGCGUUCAAGACGCAACACAAAAACUCGAAAUUCCGAGAUUCUGUGGAAUUUAUCGAUUUCGAUUAUCACGCCCAAAUGAGAAUAUCCAAAGAUGCGAUUAAUCAACUUAAAAAAAGACUUGAACCUCAUCUGAAAAAGCAUGGCUUCUAUUUUUCAAUUGGCCGAGAAGUGGUCAAGAGACAAUCCGGUGUUAUUCGAACAAAUUGUUUGGAUUGCUUAGAUCGCACGAAUUCAGUCCAGACAGCCAUUGGGUUACUCAUGUCACAUGAUCAAGUGGCAUUCCUUCAACUCGACGCAGGAAAAGUGAAUGUCGAGCAGAGAGUUGAGGAGAUUCUUAAAGAUUUGUGGGUAAAAAAUGGAGACCAGUGUUCGACGAUUUAUGCCGGAACUGGAGCACUCGAUGGAAAGAGCAAGUUCAAAGAUGCUUCGAGAUCAUUAGCAAGAACUAUUCAGAAUAAUUUAAUGGACGGCGCGAAACAAGAGUCUUUUGAUCUUUUCCUAACCGGUGCUGCUUAUGAUCCUCGAUUAUUCGACAGAGCUUGUAAUUUGCUUCCUCCUAGUAUAAUACAAGAAAAUUAUUAUUAUCACGAAUAUGCGGAUGCCGUUGCGCAAAUUGUCGAGCGCGGACCAGAAAUUGCUGAACCACAAACAAUAAAAAUCUUUGUCGGAACAUGGAACGUGAAUGGUGGAAAAAAUGUGCACAACGUUGCAUUCCGCAACGAGGCGAAUUUGUCGCAUUGGAUAUUCGCGAAUUCGAUGAUGAAACUCGUGUCGGUUGAAGAUGAAGAAGCUGCUGAUAUUGUGGCAAUCGGAGUCGAAGAACUCGUCGAUUUGAACGCAAGCAAUAUGGUGAAAGCGAGCACCACAAAUCAACGUCUUUGGUGUGAAAGCAUUAGGAAAACAUUGUCGGAGAAAUCGCAAUAUGAUCUCAUCGGGUCCGAACAACUUGUCGGCGUUUGUCUGUUCCUAUUCGCAAGACCCCGAAUCUCGCCGUUCCUUAAAGAUUUCUCGGUUGCUUCAGUGAAAACCGGAAUGGGAGGAGCAACAGGAAAUAAGGGAUCGGUUGCGUUCAGAAUAGUUGUUCAUUCGACUUCUAUAUGCUUUAUUUGUUCUCAUUUUGCAGCCGGACAAAAUGAGAUUCGAGAUCGAAAUGAGGAUUAUGCGACCGCUUUGAAGAAGAUUCGAUUUCCAUUAGGACGAGACGUCGAAUCGAAUGAUGUCAUAUUUUGGCUUGGAGAUUUCAAUUAUAGAAUAAAUCUUCCUGGAGAUGAAGUGAAACAAGCUGUCAGAAAUGGAGAUUAUUCAAAACUUAUUGAAAAUGAUCAAUUGAGACAGCAACUCUCACAGGGAAAUGUGUUCGUUGGAUUCAGCGAAGGCACUUUGAACUUUGCACCAACUUACAAGUAUGACACAUUUAGUGAUGAUUACGAUACGAGCGAAAAAUGUCGAGCACCGGCAUGGACUGACCGAAUUUUGUGGAAAGAUCAGCGAAAGCCGGGAAAUGUGUGCACUGAACUCUUGAGCUAUGAUCGAUCUGAACUCAAAACGUCUGAUCAUCGUCCAGUCGGCGCUCUGUUUGUUGUUCGAACUCACAAAGUUGAUAGCAAAAAAUGUGUGGAGUUGAUUGAAGACGUUGUCGAAUCAAUGGGUCCUCCUGAUGGAACAAUAAUUGUGAACAUUAUUGGAAAACAGCGUUUCCCACCACCAAUGUUUGUUCCAAUUCAUGCGAAACUCAAGGAGCUUGGAGCAGUUGUGCAAUUGAGCAAGUUUGAAGACGGCGAGCUAUGGAUUAUCCUUAAUAGUGGCGAAAUGGCAUUGGCUGCUUUGAGUAUGGAUGGUUUGACAAUCGAAAACGAGAAAAUCCGAGUUCGUCUUCGAUCGCCCGAUUGGAUUUAUUCGUUGAAACCACAUUUAUCCGAGUUCGAUCUUGACACAUUUGACACAAUCAUUGAAAACAAUACAGUUGGCGCCGUUUUUGAUUUUGAUGAAGACGAUGAAGACGCGAUCAGUGUACAAAAUCUGACAUUGAACAGUGCAGUUCCUGAGCGACCAAGACCUCCAUCUGCUAGAAGUGAAGCGAUCAGUAUGGCAAAUUUGGAUUGGCCAAAGGAAAAGGAUGAUAUUCUUUCUACUUCCAUGCCAACCCGAGCUUCAUCGGCUUCUCUAGCCAAUAGUUCUUGGUUUGAGCAUGUUCCGCCACUCGUACCUCCAGCUCUUCACCAAAUGACACCAACCGCCAAUAAUAACAACAAAAACGCGUGUUUAUUCAAUCCAUUCACCCAUUCCGCACCAGCCCCACCGCCAAGAGUGUCUUCGAAUCCGCCCGAGAUUCCUGCUCGAAGAGCACCACCACCUCCACCACCGAGACCUCAACAACCGGUUAUUCCACCACGUCCAAAAGGAUUUUAG